AACACCCCGUGUGUGUAUGUGUGUAUGUGUGUGUAAAAAGAAAAAAAAUAGGGGGAAAAAAAAAAAUCUGUGUGAGGAACCAAAAAAAACAACAAAAAAAACAUGCACGCUUUGGUGAACGCCUUCACGCGCUGCCUCUCCUUCCUCUUGCCUCCUUCUUGGCUUUGUGUCAGCUUUUGCCUGUGGGUUGGGAAUGAGUGCGAGGAGACGCGGCCGAAUCGGCCCAAUCCCAGAGCUCGUUUCAAAAGCAGAAAGCCUCUUGCAUAUGAGGAAGUGGCCGCAGUAGCGGUGGCGGCGGCAGCAGCGGGAGAGGCACACGGAGGCUCCAGCCCGACGCUCUCGCCUGCUCCCGGCCGUGUCUCGCAGGCUGCCGCCCCCCCCCGGGACCCUCCUCCUCCUCCUCCUCCUCCUCCUCCUCCUCCCCCGGGUCGGAUCUGGAUCGGGGGUCUCUGGCGAGCCGCGGAGCGCGUCUUCGGAGCCCCCUGGGUCUUCCUCCGCCAUCGCUGGAGCCCGGAGAAGCGUCAAGCCGCUUUGCGCACCCCGUAUCCUGUCCGCGCCUUAGAGCCGAGCCAGGCUAAAAGCUUCCAGGGCGGUUCUGCUGCUUCUGCUGCUGCUGCUGCUACCGAGGGCUGGAAGGGACCAGGUGGAGCCGCCUGGACCUGCUCGAGGACCAUGAGUGCGUCCGAAGACCUCCCCCACCUGAACCCGGCGGAGUGCGCCUUCGAUGCGUCAGCGGAGCCGGGCGUGGAUGAAGUCAUCACGGUGGACCAGCACUCGCAGGAGAUGGGCACGGUGACCAUCACCGUGGCCAUCCAGGCGGCGGAGGACGAGGAUCCGGAGGAGGUGUCCUCCAACAACAUGGACUUCCUGGCCGGCAGCUGCAGCGAAGACGACGCGGGGAGACACGACAAAUCAAGCGGUGCGGGCACCAGCGGGGGAGAGUUGGAGGAGGAGAGCUGGCAGCCCCCGGAUCCCGAUCUCAUCCAGAAGCUGGUCUCUCAGAUCGAGUACUACCUGUCGGACGAGAACCUGGAGCACGACGCCUUCCUGCUCAAGCACGUCCGCCGCAACAAGCUGGGCUUCGUCAGCGUCAAGCUGCUCACCUCCUUCAAAAAGGUAACCGUGAGGUGUACGGUCCGCGGACAGCGAAACAAAUCUGUCCGAGGGAAGCGCCAUGAGCCCGAGGUGGGAACUGCUUUAACAGUCUGUGGUCGAGGCCUGGUUUUCUUAGUCGCCGUAGUAACGCGGGGCCGCGUCUCGUUGCAGGUGAAGCACCUGACCCGCGACUGGAGGACCACCGCCUACGCCCUGAAGCACUCCAAGAUCCUGGAGCUGAACGACGAGGGCCGCAAGGUGCGGCGCCGGUCGGCCGUGCCGGUGUUCGCCAGCGAGUCGCUGCCCAGCCGCAUGCUGCUGCUCAGCGACCUGCACAAGUGGCCCGAGCUGGCCGCGCUGGCCGACGAGGAGGGCGGCGGCCAGGAGGGCGGCCCCGCGCAGCAGGAGCAGCUGAUGAAGCUGCUGCUGAAGGCCUUCGGCACCUACGGCGCCAUCGCCUCGGUGCGCGUGCUGAAGCCCGGCAAGGACCUGCCGGCCGACCUGAAGCGGCUGAGCGGGCGCUACUCGCAGCUGGGCGCCGAGGAGUGCGCCAUCGUGGAGUUCGAGGAGGUGGAGGCGGCCGUCAAGGCCAACGAGGAGGUGGGCGGCGAGGACGGCGGCGGCGGCGGCCCCCUGGGCCUGAGGGUGGUCCUGAUCGGAACCAAGCCGCCCAAGAAGAAGGUGCCCAAGGAGCGGCCCCCCCGCGAGGAGGGCGGCAUGCGCAAGAGCCGCUCCCUCAACAGCCGCGUGCGGGAGCUGCAGUACCACGCCGACGACUCGGCCUGCAGCUCCUCGGACACGGAGAGCAACCCCACGUCCCCCCGGCUGGCCAGGAAGUCGCAGUCCUGCAACAAGCUGAGCCCCACCACGGCGGCCAGCCUCAGCUUCCAGAACAAUCACCUGAGCCCCGGCAUGUCCCCCAGGAACAGCCCCUGGUCCAGCCCCUGCGCCCAGCGCAAGUCCUCCCACAAGUCCCCCCUGGCCAGCGAGGGCCGGCUGAGCCCGGAGUCCGGCCGCCGCUGGGCCGACUACUCGUCGGACAGCAGCCUGACCCCCUCGGGCAGCCCGUGGGUCCAGCGCCGGAAGCAGGUGGCGUCUCAGGAGAGCAGCCCCGUGGGCAGCCCCAUGCUGGGCAGGAAGAUCCAGAACGCCGACGGGCUGCCGCCGGGGGUGACCAGGCUGCCCCGCGGGCCCGACGGAACCCGCGGCUUCCACUCGGUCAGCGCGGCCGAGCGGGGAAAGACGGCGGCCACCCAGACUUGA